UCUGACCUAAACCUAACCAGAGCGUAUUCACUUCCUGUGUAGUUCGCAUAAUUCAUAGAUAAUUGAACAAUGUCAAAUUAUCUCUCAGAAGAACUUGUGGCUGAAAUCUUGAAGAGAUUGCCUGUCAAAUCUCUAUUGAAAUUUAAAAGGGUUUGCAAAUCAUGGUAUUCUCUAAUCACAAACCCUAAUUUUAUUUCUCUUCACUUAGCUCACACCACUGAAGCCAACGAAACCUCGUCACUUAUCAUGAAGACCUCUCAUCGGAUACGACAAUUUGUUUUGGUGAAUGAUAAUGGUUCAGUUUGUGAGCUUAAGGAAUCGGAUUUAGUUUCUUUUCACAUCAACUCUAAUUCCUCAUCUCCCGUAUCUAAUUUUGAGUUUGUCGGUUCAUGCAAUGGGUUGGUAUGUUUAACUGAUAACCCACGUAAGCACCUGAUUUUAUGGAACCCGGCAGUCGGAGAAUUUAUUACAACAUCUUCAUGGGAGCAUAAUUAUAAGAGUGAUGUCGUUGUUGGAUUCGGGUUUGAUAGCAAGAAGCGUGAUUAUAAAGUGGUGAGGAUUUUAGUUGACAGCAAAGGUAUGGCUUCUCUACCAUUUGCUGAGAUUUUUGAACUUAGCUCCAAUUCUUGGAGGACAAUAAUGGGCAAGAAUCAAAAGUAUGAUGGUUAUGCAUUUGUAACUCGUGCUUAUUUGAAUGGCGUUGUUCAUUGGAUUGCAUAUAAAUAUUGUGGAAUACACCAUUACAAAAAGUUAGCCGUAGCAUCGCUAGAUUUGAGUACCGAAACAUUUGAUGAUUUGAUGCUUCCUGAUGUCCUAACUGAAAUUUCGAAGCCUCAUCUUAUUUUAAAAGUGUACGGCCAAUCAUUAGCUGUGGUGCAGUAUGAAUGGAGUCCCUCUACUCAUUAUAAUGCAAAAUGUUGUAUUUGGGUGAUGAAAGAUUAUGGUGCACCAGAGUCUUGGAGUAAACAAUUUACCAUAGAUUUGGGAAACCACGGAGUCUUCAAGUGGGUGCUAAUCUUUCAAGGAAAUGGUAGAAUUCUUGUUGAAAAACGUGAUGGUGAGUUAGCUUCUUAUGACACUGAGACACAAAGGGUGGCACGACUGGGAGUCCAUGGAUAUUAUUACUCGGCGCAUCCUUACACGGAGAGCCUUGUUUUACUAAAGGAAAAAAACAACAAAAAGUAGCUUUAAAGCAAAGCAUAGAAGAGUAAGUCUGAAUCUGAUCAUUCUAUUCUAAAAAUAC